UGCGUGAAACUGUCAUCAUGGGUCAUUUGCCACAACUUCCAAGGUGCCCUGUACAGAGGUCAUUUAUUUUAAGGUUAAUACCGGAAGUGUAACAUUAUAAAAACGAAAACACGAAAGCAUUUGUCUACAACUAACCAUACAAAAUUCACUUGAACACAAUAUGAACCAUAUACAUGCAUGACUAUCCAACCAUUAGAGUGGGAGGUCAUGUCCUGUAGUUGUUGAGUGUUGCCGUUGAUUACGUCCGGCAUCAUCGCCUAUAUUCCUCGGUAACGUUCAUGCAAAGGGCCCAUGUGAAGCUACAAGAAUCAAUGCAUGGGUAUAGAAGCGACCGGUGUCUUGUAUGCACGCCCAGACCCUAAAACCACGUUCUUUGCGUCUUUAUCUCACGCAGAAUAUAAACCUCACCCUGAAAGGACAGCCUUCCAGAUGGAACCCUCUGCAGCAAAGAUCAGACUCGGAAUCCCAGUCUUGCGUUGAAUGUCAAGCAAUGUGUACACUCUGCAAAGUCUGGGAUAAUGGCACUUCAUCUGAAGCAAUGUGGACCUAUGCACAGCAUUCAAACCUGUGCAAGCUUCGAACUUUGGCGAGAACUAAACCGAAUCUGGCAACGAAAUGACGGAAAAUAGAGAGGCAGAACUUCACGAGAGUUUUGCAGAUAUUGAGGAACGAAUGGUCCCAAAUCGCGAGCGAGCUCAGCGCCGAUGGGUGACUGUAGAACCCGUGAUUGCACUGGCCGUGGUCGGCUCUAAUUCCAUGGGUCUCGUUCGGCCGUUCUACUUGAAGAGCCGGUUUGGCGAACUGAUGUACAACAUGUCCAUUCUUGACGACUUCUCGGGAUGCGACAUCAACGACACAGAAUACAAAGCAAGAGAGGACGACAUCCAGUUGCAGGCUUCCCUUUGGUUGCUGUACCUGAGCAUGGCUGGAAGUGUACCGAUGCUAAUAGCGUCGAUUCUUUUGGGCACUUUAAGUGACAAGUUAGGCAGGAAAAUGUGCAUUGCCGUCCCACUCGUUGGCUACAUUAUCCAGGAGGCAGUCUAUAUAGCAACCAUUUACGGGGAACUGCCUCUUCCAGUACUUUUUGUCGGGGAGGUUUUGCUGGGGUCGACGGGUAGAUCUGGGUUACUAUUUGCAGGUUGCAUCUCCUACAUUGUCGACAUUACAACAGAGACACAACGAACUUUACGAAUCGCGCUUGCUGAGAUGACUUUCUUAUUGCUAAGCGGACUCGCCCAAGUAGGUGUCGGAUACUUGGUACGUGAUUUUAGCACUCUCCCUCCAUUGCUAAUAGCUUUUGGGUGCAAUAUCCUCUGCCUAAUCUAUAUUGCCGUCCCAGGUAUUCUGAUUGAGACUGUAGACCGUGACAACAUCCCCGACCAUCGCAAAGGGCUCAGAGAAGCUUGCAGGAGUAUGGUGAAGCUUCUCAAGUUCAAUGAGAACGGCCGCCGAUGGCAGAUGCUUCUCCUAGACUUCUUCCUAUUUGUUAUCAUUAUUAACAUCAACGGCACCAUCUCCAUCUUCAUCAUUUAUGGCUCAGCAGCGCCUUUCUGUUGGGAUGCUCUCAGCGCUGGCUUGGCUGGGGCGUUCGGAUUUCUCACAGCGUCUGCCGGAAUGGUUGCUGGAUCGAAGUUAUUUGCUAUCUGCUUGGGGGAAUACUGGAUUAUGCAAAUUAGUUGUCUAAGCCUACUGGCCUUCAAUAUUGUAAUGAGUGUGUCUCAGACAACCUGGCUGAUCUACGCUGCGAAUCUCAUGGGUGCUUUCCGAGCGACAGCAAUGCCAGUGGCACGAUCAAUCCUGUCCAAAAUAGUUGAUCCAACAGAAAUCGGCACAGCUUUUGCCCUGGUGGCAUGCAUCGAUGGUUUGGCGGUUUUUGUGGCAAGUGCGGUGGCACCAACCAUCUACGCGGCUUCCGUCCUUUACCUACCACCCUUAAUCUUUUACGUCUUUUCUGGCUUGACUCUCCUCCCUGUUGGAACGAUAAUAAUACUACAGAUAUUUUGGCCUCCAUCGAUCACAGAAGUACGUGUACCAAUCGUUUUACGGAGAAGAGCAGGCGAGGAACCUGAAGAGAGUACAGACGUACCUUCAACGGCUUCCAUUUGAAAAAGACAAGAGGUUUUCAUGCAC